UAAAAAUAAAAAAAUAUUAAUAAAAUAUAAAUUUACCAAUUUCUUCUGAUCACGCCUAGUUUCGUCGGUAUCUCUUCGCAUUAAAGCCCUAAAUCUCCCAAUUUCAAUUGCGAUAAUUUUGUUCAGAGGGAAAUCCACAUCUUACGUUCUUCAGAUUUGUACAAGAAAACUAACAUGAGAUUCAGAAAAGGAACCAGAGUUGAGGUUUUAAGCCUCAAGGAGUCCCGUUAUGGCGCGUGGCGAACAGCCGAGAUUCUUUCAGGCAAUGGUCACACGUACAGCGUUCGAUACUACUCGUUCGGGUUUGCAAAAGAUGAGACAUUGGAGGAGAGAGUUGCGAGGAAGAUGAUCAGGCCGUGUCCUCCGCUAAUCGAUGUAUACAGGUGGGAAUCUGGCGAACUAGUUGAGGUUCUUGAUCACGUUUUCUGGAAACCCGCUACGGUCCUCAAGGAGUUGUCGGGACGAUGCUACGUGGUUCGGUUACUUGGCGCCGCCGCGGUGGAACUUACGGUUCAUAAAGUUAACCUCAGGGCUCGACAAUCUUGGCGAGAUGAAAGAUGGGUUAUGAUCGAAAAGGUAUCUUGUUCUGUGAAGUCCUCUACGUUGACUGGUUCUGAUGCAAACCAGAAUCGAAAGACACGUGAGACGAGUGUUGUUUCUAUAAGACUGUUGAAGAGACCUUCACCCUGUGAGUCUGCUGAAUCAUGCACGGGAACUCCUAAGAAGAUGAGAUUGACGGAGGAAGCUGCUGCUGUGAAGAAUGGUUUCCGUCAAAUGGUGAGGGUAAGAACAAAAAGGUUUAGUAGUGAUGAUACUAGUGAUGCAUGCUCGGUUGGUAGUUGUAGCCCUAUUAGAUAUGAUGAGUCAACUUCUUUUCUAGAUGGUUCUUCUUGCCAAGACGCAGACUCUUGUAGUAGUGAUGCAGAAUCUUCAAAAGGAUGCAGACAAGAAGUGAGGAGGUCAUGUAGGCCUGAACUGUCCACAUACCGGAGUACCCUGGGGAAGCUAUUUGCUCAAGGCCCACUAAACUGGGAUCAGGAAGCAUCACUCACGGAUCUCCGACUUUCACUUGAUAUAUCAACUGAUGAACAUUUGAUGGAGAUAAGAAACCUAACGUCUUCUGCUGGUACAAGACAAUAGUAAAUUUUGUUAGUAAUCAAAUAUUCUUUUUGAUCAUUAACAAAUCUUAUCUUCAGGUACUUCCCUGCAAUGUGGAAUCAGCUGUUACAUAUUUUUCUUUUCCAAGAGGGUUCUUAUAGUGAUCUGUAUAGGCAACAUAAUGGAAGAAAGUAUAUAUGGAAACUGCAAUCCUUAUUGUGAUGUUGUUCUUCUUAUAGUCAGCUUAAUUUUGUUUUGUUAUACUUUUGGGAUAAUGAACUAUGAAAUGUUACAGUAUAUAUACUUUAACAUAAGUCAUGUUUUGAGGAUUGAGUUUUUUUUUUGUUGACUUUCAUUGAUUUAUGCUUUAGAUUCUGUUGGAUAAGCUAUUUGUAUUUUCCAUAUUAUUGGGUGGAUUAUGGAACUUCCCUACAUUUUUUCAGGAACAGUGUAGCAAUGCCGGGUGGCUGCAGAUCUUGCUUGAUUGCUUAUAGAGAUCUUACUCUGAUGCAUUGGGUUUACCUAUCCGUGCAGAACACGAGGCCCCUUCUUACUCAAAUACAUAAGUUAAAUUGUACUGUCUUUUUUCUUUUUGGUUAUUCCAAACUGAUCUGUUGCAGGUAUUGUUGGAUCAACUCUGUUCAGAGGCACUUGAUAUGUUCCUGUUCUAAGGAGGAAAUUCACGGUCUGGUUGGAUAAGUUCGGUGAUAACAAAGUGCAUACCUGAGAGACUAUUGAGUUGUGCCAAAUACUUACGACAAUAGUCUUUUUAAUCUUUCAGCAAGUGUGAUUUUCAUGAUAUCUCUUCUAAACACUCUGAAUCCGGAGCUGUCCAUUUUUGUUAGUUUGUGCCAUGUUUACUUCAAUUCAAUACUAAGGGGGAUUCAUAUGUUUGAAUAAAACAAAAAUUAGAUGGGCGUUUUAUUAA